CGUUUCAAUUUAAUCGCGUACUGUAUUAGAAGAUCUACUGUAUUAGAAGAACUACAAUUGCCAAUCUUUCCUUCACCCAAUAGUGACAUUAGAACCACGUGACUUACGAUCAAGCACGCACGCGCAGAUCAUCGAGCGGGCGGUUUACUGCCAAUCUCGCACGUGUGUUCAAACGUAUCUAGUUGCGUUCCAGUAGUUUCCAGUAUCUACAAAGGAUUUAUAGUGCUAUCGUCUGUUUCAAUCAUCAUAAUAAGAAAAAACGUGAAAAAAAAAAAGGAACUACAAAAUCACGUGAAUUGGUGAGUGAGCGUAGUGAAUCUGAUGUUGAAUUAAUGAAAACGAAAAUAUCGAAAUCGAGGCUAUUCAUGAAUUGCAAUAGAUCCACGUGUGAUGAAAAUAUCUAUUUUACAUACAUGACAUGAUUCGUCGCAAGCUGAUGUGUAAUGCGUGUUGCAUAGACGUCACGGAAUAGCAAAAAUUCAUGCAACAUUCAGUUUCCUUACUGGUAAAUGCACUUAUGCAAAACAAGAUACCAGCUGUUAGACUGUUAUUUUUUCAUCGUCGUUGAUGGCGUAGCAUUAUUCUCAUGCAAAAUUUCUUGUUCCCGAUAAUAAUACUAAUAGAUUUACAAAACGUGAGUCUGUGUAUUUAUUUCUGAUUAAUAUUUUUGUCGUUUCGUUCUUGGCAUCUCUUUUACGUGACAUAAAAAAAAUCACUACGUAUAAGAUAUAAGAUAUAAGAUAAUUUUUAUUUGAAAAAUAAUUUGUAAGUUAAUUCCAGAAGGUCGACCUUGCCGAUACCAUGUAUAAUCUGCUCUACGCAUGUACCAAAAUAUCUCGCCCUUGUACAAAAACUGAGUGUUCGUUCCAAACAUUUGCUAAAGAAAAACUUAAGUUACAUACAUAGAUUAUACAAAGAUACUUUUAAUUUAUAAAAAUGGUAUCAUCAACAAUAAUGGAAAAUGGAAAAUCCAACCCACCAAGAAAACCUUCUGCAGUAGGUAUUGGUCCAGGCAACUAUCGUUUAGUUGGUUGGGAUAUGGAUACUACGGGCAAAAAAGUUAUAGAUGAAAUAUGUCAAAUAGCUGGAUAUACACCUAGUUCCUCAUAUUCUCAAUAUGUAAUGCCAUAUAAAGAUCUUAAUCCUCCAGCUAUGAAAAGACAUAAUAUGAAAAUAGUAACUAUUGGCAAGUUUCGUGUACUUAAAGAUAACAAAACUAAUAAGGCAUUAAAAACUAAAAGUGAAGUAUCUGCAUUAACAGAUUUUAUAACAUGGCUUUCCUCUAUAAGAGGAGAUGCAGCAGAUGGUAUAAUAUUAGUUUAUCAUGAACCACGUAAAGUUAUUCCUGCUAUGUUAAUUGAGUCUUUAAAAAAAUAUAAUCUUCUGGAAAGAUUUAAACAAAUUGUAAAAGGCUUUGCAAAUGGAUUUAAUAUUGCUGAAGUAAAAUGUGCAAACACAGUUCGUGCAUAUACUCUCAGGACAUUAUCCCAAAGUUUAUUUAACCAAGAAACACAAUUAGGCAAUGCAAAAGAUAGAGCAUGCCUGGCUUUACAAAUAGUACAACAUUUAAGUUCAUUAGAAGUUACAAAAGGAAAUGAAGCAGAUGGCAGUGGUGAUAGUGAUAGUGCCAUGAAAAAUACUGUUGAAUUUAUUAGGGAAUUUGUUCAACCAGUAGAAAUAGAAGAACAAGAAUAUGCAGAAUUAAAAAUAGUAUUUGAACGUCAAAAUAGUUUAAGGCCUAUUUUUGGAGUUCUAUUUCGUGUAAAUCGUCGAGAACGUCAACAUGCUAGUCCUUUACGACGAUUGCUUGCUGAAGCAGGAAUAGAAUAUUCUCAAUUACAAGAAGCAUGGAGUAAUGGAAAAAAAGAAGGCUUAGAUAAAUUAAUUAAGGAAAAAUUAACUGCAACUGACGAAAAGAAAAUAGAAGAUGUACUAAUCGUUCUUGAAGGUCAUUUUGAUCCUGAUAAGAAAUCCAAAUUAAAAAUAUCAAGAGACAAGAGUCAGAUAAAAAUGAAAAACUCUAAUAUUAACGACGAUAGAGAAAAUAAUAAUAAAUGUGAUUCAGGUACCGAAACUCCCGACAGCACUACUCCUAAUUCACCACUUAAAAUAAAAUCCGAAUCUUCUGAGAAUAGUACAUUUAUAGCAGAGGAAUAAGAAUUAUAUGAUUCUUUUUCAGUGCCUUUUAACUAAUUAUAAGAUCAAUAUUGUUAUCAGUAACAGAGUUUAUGAUCAUUCCGUUCAUUCUUAUCAUAACGUUAUUCUAGUGUGAUAAAGUAUGAGUGUUAUUUGUUGCAGUAUUGUAUUUAAGUUUUUAUUUUCGUUAUAACAAAGGAUAGUGUAUCUUUAAAGGAUACAAAACUCGAUUUAACAAAAUUAUGUACAAAUAACACAUUAAUUAAUUUUUUAGUUUAUAUUUUUUUUAGUUUAAUAAUUCAUUUUAUGCUCAUUGAUUUCUAUUUAAUCGGAUUAACGUUAUAAAAAGUGAUUGUUUAGAGACUGUCGACAUAGAAAUAUAUUCAGAUGCUACAGAAUUUUUGUUUUCCAUACUUUCUGAGAUUAGCAUAUAUAAUUUUUUUUUUUUUUUUUUUUUUUUUUUUUUUUUUUUUUUUUUUUUUUUUUUUUUUUAAUGCUAGUGAGAUUUGCGUACAAAGUACAUAAGUGAUAUUUAAAGAAAAAUAUAUAUAUAUAUUUUUGUACCUCAAAAAUUUAAUAAAACGAAUGAUGCAUCAUGUUGCAUUUACAUGUUAAAUUUUGUUAAAUUAAACAAUUAAAUAAAGACUUCGAAUUGUAA